AUGAACGGUUCACCUGCAGGUUUUCGCUUUGCAGAGGACAGUCUCGGUAAAAUUCCAGUCCCUGUUGGCCGCUAUUAUGGCGCCCAAACUGCUAGAUCUCUCAAGAACUUUAAUAUCUGCUCGAAAUCCGACAAAAUGCCAUUACAGAUAAUUUAUUCACUGGCUAUGAUAAAGGAAGUAGCUGCAUCUAUUAAUUUCAAACUGGGUAGAAUAAACAAGGAGAUAUCCCAAGCGAUUAUCCAAGCAUGUCAUGAAGUAUAUCAAGGGCAGCAUGAUGAAGAGUUUCCCCUUGUAAUUUGGCAAACUGGUUCUGGUACCCAGACCAAUAUGAAUGUCAAUGAAGUAUUGUCAAAUAGAGCCACUGAAUUGAUUGAAAGAUCACGAGAUUCCAAAGCCAUUGUCCACCCUAACGACCAUGUCAAUCUUGGACAAAGUUCAAAUGAUAUCUUUCCGACUUGUAUGAACCUAAGCAUUGCAAUGGAGACCUCUUGGAAAGUUUUGCCAUCCCUCAUAUAUCUCAUAAAUGCUCUCGAAUAUAAAAUGAAUGAAUUCAUGGAUGUUAUCAAAAUUGGACGGACACACAUGCAGGAUGCAGUUCCAAUAAGCGUUGGACAGGAAUUAAGUGGAUAUGUUGACCAACUCCAGCAGGGAGUAAAUUCCAUCAAACUUCAACUGCCAGCAGUUUGUUACCUAGCUGUUGGUGGAACAGCCGUAGGUACUGGACUGAAUUGUUGUGAAGGUUUCGAUGAGGAAUUUUGCAAGACACUAACGGAGCUAACAAAAACUCGUUGUGUAGAUAUGUAUAAAGAAUCUCCACCAGUGGUAGACCUAAUAUUCAAACCAGCGAAAAAUAAAUUUGCUGCUCUAGCUGGUCAUGAUGCUUUAUUACAGUUAAGUGGUUCUUUUAAUACCAUUGCUACAGCCUUAAUGCGUCUGGCCAAUGAUUUCUGUUUACUUAGCUCUGGACCAAGCUGUGGUCUAAAUGAAUUUAUUUUACCUGCGAAUGAGCCUGGGUCAAGUAUUAUGCCAGGUAAAGUUAAUCCAACUCAAUGUGAAUCACUUCGAAUGGUGUGUUUACAAAUAAUGGGGAAUCAUUUCACUAUUUCAAUGGCUGCAUCUCAAGGUCAAUUGGAGUUAAAUGUUUAUAAGCCCCUGAUAAUUGCAAAUCUUUUACAUUCAUGUGAAUUAUUAUCAGAUUCAACACGUUGCUUUACUGAUAAUUGUGUUAAAGGAUUAAAAUUGAAUUUAGAUCAAAUUCAAGAAUAUGUUAAUAAAUCAUUAAUGUUAGUUACAGUUUUAACACCACAUAUUGGAUAUGAUUUAUCAGCUGAACUAGUUAAAUAUGCAAUAAAAUUUAAAAAAGGAUUACGUGAAAGUGUAAUAGAAUUAAAUUUAUUAAAUGAAAAGAAAUUUGAUGAAAUUGUUAAACCAUAUGAAAUGGCAUUUCCAUACUCUAAAAUAUGA